GACCUCGCAUCACCGACGGCACGGGGUUCAUUCGUUCGUCUAUCCACCCCAUCUCGAACGUCCGUCUAUCCUCUGGACGAUCGUAACCUCAUCCUUACACCAUACACCAUACUCCCUGAUCGAAAAGGCUUUGAUUUGAGGACGAAGCCUGUAUCCUGUAAUCUUGUGGACAAGCAAACAAGCCAAGAUCGAGCUGGGGCAUUUCGUCGGCCCGGUUAGCAGACGCAAAACAAGAGACGAGGACGAAGAGGGAUAUAGACAUCAAUACAACACUACACAAAUCGACACAACACGGCCAUCCACCUAAGAACAACUCGCCAACAUCGAGAUAGAUAUCUAACCCAUCAUGUCAAAAAGCCCCGAACGCAAACCAUCCGGUCUACCCGGUCUUGCCACAUCCACGUCGACUCCCUCGGGCUCGACAACGACCUCUCCUAUCAAAUCCAAGACUUCCUUAGGGAGAGUCUCACCACCUACCAACGGUCCAACGAAGGUACCUGCACCGGGAGAGAAGAUCCGAGCAGGUUCUCAACCUCGAACACGUACGGCCUCGCCUGCGGUACCCGGAGUUGGUGUGAAACAGUCCCCUCCUUCGACUUCGAGGCCGACUACGUCUGGAGUAGAGACCAAUGGGGAGGCAGGAAAGAGGUCGAGGUCGAAAUCCGGGACGCCCCGAUCAGUCCGAUCCGGCUCAGCUACAAAUUCGGGUGCCGGGCAGGCGAAUGGUACUGGCACUGGUAAUGCAGGCGCACAGGGUCCUCCGGAGAUCAGGAGGGAGAGUCCGGAGGGCGAGAAGAACAAGAGUGAGGCUUCGAAGGUCUCCCCGAGCGGAGCAGCAGUUGGGAGUUCGAGGAGGGGAGGAUCGGAGAAGAGGGAGCUGGGUGCGGUUGGAAGCGAGGUGGGAAGAGGGGUGAAGCGGGAUGAGAGAGGUGAGAGAGAGGGAAGUUUGGCCCGCAAGUCUCUGGAAAAGGAGGCGACCAAUCACUUGCAACCUCCUGGUAAACCGUCACAUGCUUCGGACAUCCCGCCACCGCAAGCCUUCCCGGCCGUGCUAUCUCGGCCUCCGAUUCGACCUCCUAUCAGCUCGAUCUCGAAAUCCAAGUUUGAACUCGAACCCAACCCAUUUGAACAGAGCUUUUCGCGCAGUUCGACCAGCAUUCACAGUCAUCAUACGGGAUCGAGCUCCGAAGACUUUAGACGUGAAAAGGAGACUGGCGGAGCAACGACAACCGGGACGAGGAAGACGUCCCCUCCGCCCAACAAGACGGCUCUGCCACCGGUCUCUGCGCUCACUUCGCCCGCACCGCUCGAAGCGGGUCCUCACUUCUCCUGGUCCGGAUUAUCGUCCUCUUUGCGUGCGGGUCCGCUGUCGCCUGCCAUGUUGACGGGUCCGGCGGGGAGCCAUUCGAUGACUCAUGGUCCGUCGGCGUUGGGUGCCAACUCGGCUUCGACGGGAAUGACGCCACAAGCUGGAAAUGGAGGGUUCGACCCUUCGACGUUUAGGACCGGCUUCACACCAGGAGGAGGUACCGGGUUUACGCCAGGAUUCGGAGGGAUGAUGGGGCUCGGAUCUAUGGUCAACGGAAUGCCUUCGUUCCCCUUGCCUAGCCCGAAUACGGCCGCUUUCUUGAGCAUGGUCACGAACAAUACUCCUGGGGCCGGUGGCACUGGCGAGACGAGUGGUGCUGGAUCUACCGUCAACGGGUCUUCGGCGACCAAUACGAAUGGUAAUUCGCAGGGCCAGUCGUCGAGCAACAAUGGUGACGGUUCUCAAGCGUCCCUGUCACGAGCGACGACGCAUGGAGUUCAACAAGGCCCACCACCAGGCGGACCCAACCCGAGUGCCAUGGUCGACAUUACGCCCAACACGCUCAACGCGUUGACCGGGGUGAUCAACCAGAUGGAUCAGGAGGAACGUCAGCGCGAAGAAGGCAGGAGAAGGUAUAGCGGUCAACAGCCGCCAUCGUAUCACGGUGCGAUCGGUCCUCAUGGCCCAUCACAACCCCAAGCACCACCCCAGGCAGCUCAACGACCACCUGGACCUGACAUGCCUCCGGUUCACCCAGGAGCUACGUUGAUGCAUCACGCCGAUUCGUAUUUCCCGCAACAACCCCAGGGCAUGCAGCAGCAAGGUGGUCCUGGUCAUCACAACGGCACGGGCAACCCGCACCAGUUCCAUCCGGGUCCCAUGCACGGUCAUCACCACGGCCCACCUGGUAUGCCACAAGGACAUCCAGGUCCGCAUGGAUCGCUACCACCUUCGCACUUGCAUCAAGGAGGUGCGGGUAUGCAUCCGGGUCCAGGAAUGGACUAUGUCAGGACGGACCCGAACGGUCACCCGAUCGGUCCGCCUCCGCCUGGUCCUCCAGGUCCUGACGCUUCCGGCGCGGUCAAUGGCCUGUUCUUGUUGUCGCAAGCUCAUCAAGAGUUGAGCAAGCGAGAAGAGCAAGAACAACACGUUGAUCCUCCCAAGCCCGUCGUCCCCGCCGCCGGUGGGAAAAAGGGAGCCAAGGCGAACAACAAGCGCAAGACGAGCGACGCUGCUGCGCCAACGAAAGCGAAACCGGCGGCGAAGAAGAGCAAGAAGAAUGCGCCCGCUCCUGAACCGCCAUCGCCGGACUUCAUGAACUCGUUUGGCGAUAGCGAUGAUGAUAUGAAUGGUGGUAUGAACGGGUAUGACGACGAUGAUGGGACGAGCCCGAGAGGAGAUAGGAAGCCCGAGACCGAGGAGGAGAAGCGCAAGAACUUUUUGGAGAGAAAUAGGCAGGCCGCUCUUAAAUGUCGUCAGCGCAAAAAGGCCUGGUUGACGCAGUUGCAGACCAAGGUCGACGGCUUGUCCGGGGAGAACGAACGGCUUCGGUCGAUCAUCCAGAACUUGACCGACGAGGUCGGGAGAAUCUCGGCCGUGCUCUCGUCUCAUCGAGAUUGCCCGGGUAUGCCAGCAUCGAUGGCGCAGUUAGGAAUCAGCUUGCCACCGCCACCUCCCGGACCUUCUGGACCGAUGGGCGGGAUGAUGCCUCCAGGGCCACCCCCACCGCAGCAGCAGCAACAAAAUGGAGGCUAUAGACAUGGGAGUGCAGGGGCAGGCGGGUUUGGACAGGCCCAGGCUGUUUGAUAGGUCGUGUUCGUCGUUUUUCUGCCUUUUCGAUUUCUCUUCUCUCCUACCCAUUCGAGAAAAACCCCCUGGCUCGUUGCUUCGAUCAACAAGAGCCAAAACACGAUGAUAACGCCGCUAUGGCGAGGUCGAAUUG